CACUACAAAUACUCAGACACACAGUAUUCCCUCCCUCAACCAAGAGGCAUUCAUCAGCUCUGCGUUGACCCUUGUAUUCACAAAUAAAGACUUGUUCUUUUCCACUCCCUCUGUCACUCCCCUCGUUUUCUUUUCCUUUAUUCAUUCUCUCAUCUGCCUCCUCCUCUUAACCCAUAUUAUUCAAUCAAUAACUCUGAAGAAGUGCACGGGUUGUAUUUCUAAACCCUGAUAGAGUGACUGCCCCUAUUACCCUUGCUCUCUCUUUCCCCACUCACUCCCUCCCUCCCUUGUCCCUUUAGCUUUUCUCCCCUCUCGCUUCUUUUUCUGUGUUUGAAUGGAGAAUCUGGGUUCCCCAGAACCUGCGCACCCUGCGCCGGGUGCAGGGCCUGUUGCUGGGGUUUCUGUUGCCAAGACGGCAGGGGCUGAGGGAGACGAGGGAGACGAGGGAGACGAGGCAGCGGCGGCGGUGAUCAACUCCAAACUGUUUCGGUGUGCAUGUGUGGGACGUUGGCUACCACUGGCCUACAGAGAAGAACUCUACCACAUCUUACGGCUCACAGGCCCACUGCUGCUGUCUCGGAUUCUGAACUUCCUCAUGCCAUUUGUUAUCACCAUAUUCUGUGGUCACAUUGGCAAUGUAGAACUGGCUGGAUACGCACUGGCCUCAGCGACCAUUAAUGUGACAACAACAUCAACAGGCUAUGGCCUCUCAUUGGCUUGUGACACACUCAUUUCUCAGACGUUCGGCAGUAAGAACUUGAAACGAGUGGGAGUCAUUCUGCAAAGGAGCACUUUGAUCCUGCUGCUGUUCUGCCUGCCCUGCUGGGGCCUUCUCAUCAACUCUUACAACUUGCUGCUCCUCUUGCACCAAGACGAUGAGGUGGCGAGAAUUGCCCAGCUCUACAUGAUGGCAUUUCUACCAGCUGUCCCAGCCAUGUUCCUGCACCACUUGCAAGUUGCCUACCUACAAAACCAAGGGAUCAUUCUGCCGCAGAUGUACACAGCAGCAGCAGCAAACCUUUUUAACCUGGGGGCCAACUACGUCUUAAUCUUCAGCCUUGAGCUGGGAGUUGUUGGAUCAGCUAUUGCUAACGGCCUCUCUCAGGUAGCGAUCUGCCUGCUGUUGUUUGGCUACAUCAGAUGGAAAGGGCUCCAUAAGGAGACGUGGGGAGGCUGGUCCACUGACUGUCUGCAGGAGUGGGGCUCCUAUAUGAAGCUGGCUGUUCCCAGUUUGUUCAUGGUCUGCUUUGAAUGGUGGAUCUGGGAGAUUGGAGGUUUCCUUGCUGGUGUACUUGGAGAGACGGAUCUUGCUGCCCAGCAUGUGUUGUUGGAAAUAGGAGCCAUUACAUAUAUGUUCCCUCUAGGUAUCCAUGCAGCUGCCUGUGUGCGUGUUGGGAAUGCUCUGGGGGCCGGGGACACCUCCAGGGCCCUUGUCACCUGCAAAGUGGUCCUGGUUCUGUCAGGAAUGCUUGCUGUGCUCCAGGGUAUCAUCAUCGCUAGCUCUAAGUCCGUCAUUGGCUACAUAUUUACUGCUGAUGAAAACAUUGUGCAGAUCACCUCAGAGAACCUCACAAUGUACACAUUUCUACAAUUCUUUGACGCACUCCUGUGUGUCUGCUCAGGGAUUCUUGUGGGAAGUGGGAUGCAGAAAAUUGCCGCCUUGUCCAACCUGGUGUGUUACUACUUAAUCGGUCUGCCAGUGGGAAUAGCGCUGAUGUUUUUGGCCAAGCUCAAAGUAUUAGGCUUCUGGUGGGGCCUCUUUAUAUGUGUUGUCUUGGAGACUGGUUUCUACAUCUUUAUAAUCUUCAGACUAAACUGGAAGAAAGUCACACAAAAGGCUCAAGUGCGGGCUGGAAGAAAAUUGAUGUCGAUACCAAUGUGUCCUGCGCAGACAGUGCUGAAUGAAGCAAUGGUGUCUGACAUCUCCGAUGGCCCGAAUACACGGAAUCUUUGCACCCUGAAGGCUCAGUUGGACAGUGAAGAAGCCCCUAACGCCGAAGGCUACAGUCCAGUCAUCACCCAGGAUCAGGACCUGAAAGCAGGCAUCGAGGCUGUGGCCAACAACACAAAUACAGGAGGAGCUGAGGGGGAUGCUGAGCAGAGCAGAAAGACAUCAAACGCCAAAACUCAAGUGCCGCUUUCAGUCACUCAGCUGAUCUUGCGGCGGGGACUCACCCUCACGGUUUUAGUGGUCAUUUUGGCCAUAGGUGUCGCUUUCCAUGUUGCAUAUCCUGCACCUCAGCCGUCUGCCCACAGCAGGUCCAACUUUACCCUGAACUGGGCUAAUGACUCCACUCCUACACCACUGGCUCCGCUGUACCUGAACCAAAAUCUCUGAGCUGUCUUUGACCUCUGAAUGUACGCAUCUAGUGGCUGAACACAGUUCUCACAAACUGAUAUUUACAUCUCAGAGAGAGAGAAUAUCAAAUUCAUAGUUUAUUCAUCGACCUGGUUUGUUAUUUUGUAAAACUACAGCCUGACAUGGGCUACUGGAUUUGCUUUGUGUAGAGAACAAUACGUCUCAGUGCCGCACUGCUGAGCAAAUCCACAGAGAGCUGGGAGCAAUAUCAAAUGAGACUGGCAUGAACAAAGGUCUUGUUACAAAGAUCGUGUUUUAACCUGCUCAGCCUGAGAUGCUCAGCUGGGACUACAAGACACAUUAUAAACCCCUCACUAAGAGACUGCGUGGUUCCUCCACACAUAGCUUUUGAUUUUUACACUUAUUCUUGUCUUGAUUUACAUGCACUGUGACAUAUAUCUUCUUUUACUGACCUCAAAUCAUUAUCUUGUUUUUAAGCUGUAAGUGUAAGAUUGAGUAUAGAUAUGUGAUGUGAAAUUUACAUGUUUUCAUGUAAAUAUGAGCAGGCUACACCAACACAGUCUCGAAGAAAUACAUGAGCCCAACCUCAACAAUUUCUUAUGUGGUGGUGGGCACAAAAUGGGUUAAAAUUACGUGUUGGCAACAAGAAAACAAUGACAAUGCAAAGUUUAUUAUGAGCGGCUGCAGUUUUGUCGUGUAACAGUCGCAGUUUGGUUAGGUUUAGGGAAAGAAAAACACUUGGUUAGGUGUAGAGAACAAAAGAAAAUGGUUGGUUAGGUUUAAAAAAAGAUUGUGGGUUCGGUUAAAAUAACUGACCUUUGGUUUCACACGGGACACAAACAGCAGUGUCGUGGUUAAAAGUCUAUGUUUGUUUGACCCAUCCAUAAGAGUCCUGCAGGGGUCCCUUUUUGAAAACCGGCUUUCAAAAAAAAAAUGACUGCGGCUUGAUAACAGUGAUUAAGAUGUCAAAAAAUUACACACAUACUGCACAAUCUUUUUCAUUGGUUUGUUCUGACAUGAACAUAAACAGAAAUAAAAAAUAUAUUUUUGUUCUUGUGUUGCCAGUACAUAAUUUUAACACAUUUCAUGCCCACCACCAAGUAAUCCAUUAAGACUUUGUGCAUGAGAACUUUGUGCAUGUACAUCUCACCUAUUUCUACGAGACUGGGCUGGCUAUACAUUCCUGCAAUGUCUUCCUGGAUCACUGUCACUCAGCCCUGGGAUUCUCCAGGACAGAGGUGACUGAUGAAUGAUAAGUUAGUUAUUUUUUCACUGUAAAUCUGUGGCCAAUAAUAUAGUGUACUGCCAUGUUAUAGGACCCUUAUCAAUAAAAAUGCUUUUUAAAAUGUAUAACAAUGAAAUUAACUACAGGGAAGCCAAAAUAUAUAAUUUCCCCAUUGAAUGUUUUAGAGUCUGUGAUCUGAGCUGCAGAAACAGACUGAACUCUUCUUCAGGUUCUUUUAAAUGUGCAGUUGAAGGGAUGAAAUUCAAACUAUGUUGCCAGGAUCAGAAAUUAAAGCACCAAUUAUUGCAGGCUG